AUGUCGACACCUCAGCUUCGUGAAACCAUCACUUAUUGUCUCCCCGAACUGCAAUCGGAUUCCGAUGAAGUUAGACAGAAGGUUCUCCAAACCCUGGAUUCAAUCACCAAAGUCAGUCCCCAAGCCAGGACUUUGCUAGCACAAACAAAUGGAGCAAUUUCGGCCCUUCUUGACCUCUCAAAAUCAGCCUCCCCCAUCAUUCAAACUCUCUCAUUGUCCAUUCUUUUCAACCUCUCCCUGAAUCCUGACCUUAAGCUCUCUCUGGCAGACAUGGGAACAAUUCAGCUUCUCAAUGCAGUAAUCGUUUCCCCGGCUUCCCCGGAAUCGAGGAAAUUAGCUUCCUCUUUGAUUUGCAGCUUGGCAAUGCUAGAUAAGAAUAAGGCAAAGUUUGGGGUAGCUGGCACCGUACAGUUGCUUGUCCAGGAAGUUUCAGCACCAAAUGUUUCUGCUGGUCAUCAUCUCCUCAGUUCCUUGUCUGAACUAGUGCAGUUCCAUGGGAAUUGCACUCUAGCCCUCCGAUCAGGGGCCGUGGCAAUACUAAUCCAGUUUAUUCGAAACACCGAGACAGAGGAUCUAGCUGCGACUUCACUUGCCGUUCUGGGUCUUCUUGCGAGGUUCGAUGAAGGGCUGAAUGCUUUGAGAAAGACAGAGCAGAUUGUGAGCUCAAUGUUUGAUGUGUUGAAAGGGGGGUGCAUGUUUAGCAAGGAAGGUGCAGCCGAAAUUCUAAUUCGUCUGUUUGAUGAAAGCGAAGGCUGUGUGAGAGACGCAAUGCGGCUGCCGGAAUCUUCAAGUGUGCUGGCUGAUCUUUCAAUCAGGGGAUCGCCUAAAGCUCGGGAAAGGGCUGUUCAACUGAUGAAGAAGAUGAUGGAAGCUGACUUGAAAUCAUAUGGUGAUGGAAACACCAUGUUUUACCAAUGGUAA